GCUUGAGAAUUACCUCAAACGGAACGUAAUUGUCACCCUGUUCAGGGGGAAGUCAGUAUAGUUACCCGAGGUGAACCACUGACUCCAACAGGGGAAAAACAAAUAGCAAAAUAGUUCAUAAAUGGUAAAAUAGUUGAAACACAACAUCUGAAAAAAACCCAAUAAUAAUGAUGUGUAAGGACUAGAAGUUUGUAGAAAGCAAAUGUCCUACUAAAACAAAACAUCUAAAUUUGUGGAUAACACAAUAUGACUUUGCUAGCCAGCUCAACAUACACACAAAAAAUAUAUAUAGUUAACCUGCAGGAUAAAAUAGUUGAAACACAACAUCUAGAAAAAAAAAUUAUGUGUAAGGACUAGAAGUUUGUAGAAAGCAAAUGUCCUACUAAAACAAAACAUCUAAAUUUGUGGAUAACACAAUAUGACUUUGCUGGCUUGCUCAAAAUAUAUAACACAAAAAAUAUAUAUAGUUAACCUGCAGGAUAAAAUAAGAGAAACACACAGACAAAAAAAUAACCCCAAAAAAAAACAACAAAAAAAAGGCUGGACUCAAGAUGAUGUGAAAACGGCCAUAAAAGGUAUCACAUCUCAUAAAGUUGAUGUAACAUAAUUUGUCCUGGGAACGGAAGACUUGAGAAAAUCUUACCACUUAAAUGGUGUGGAAGUACAACAAAUUUGGAUGACAGCAAAGUACUUUCUCACAGCAGCAGGGAGUUCAAGGGUUAAUAUGCGCAUCUCUGCUAGAUUUAGAAAAAAAAACAAAUUGUUCUGCCAUUGGAAGAGCAAAAUAAAAUAACAAUGAACCAUUUGAAGAAUAUAUAAUUGGAAUGACUGCAUGUUUUAAAGCAAACAGAGGCAUUCCUGAAGAUCACACUCCAGGGAGUGUGUAUCAAGGGCAAUUAAAAAUAUGCUCUUCAUCCAAAUUCAAAUAAUCCUACAAAACAAUGGAUUGAAAAACAUUGGGUUGACAAACCGACUGGCAGCCUGUAACAUUACGUUAACCAAGCACUACACGCAGAAAGAGUGGUACAAAAUAAGAAAAAGAAAGUUGACAGCUUUCUGACAGAGGAAGGAGAAAUUUAUGGAACUUUAUGCGAAACAUUUAAUAAUUGUGGCCGCAGAUGAGGAAGAGAGCAGCCAUCUCCCCAUCAAAAAUGUCACAACUAAUGGUCCCAAAAUGCAACUUUUUAAUUUGUCCCAUAUGUUUUUUGGGAAGAGAUGGCUUGCUGAAACUAGGACUGCGCUUAAUUCCCUCUCUGACAGGAAAAAUAAGAGAAAAAAGAAAAAAAAGGAAUUACUGGGAGGACAGUUAAAUAUCUUACAAAAUAGGAAUCCAGCACUCUAUUAUUACACCUUAUAUAUUCCAAACAAACCUCCCACAAGAACAGGAGAUUUCUUGCUGCAAACAGCUCAAAACAUGAUUGAACAACCACAAAAUGAUGUAGGAAGUGACUCAUUGCAUGUGACAAUGUAGUAUAAGAUAAACUUAUAACAGCCCACACCAGACAAAAUCAUGAUUAUCUGUACUCAGAUGGUAUAUCAGUCGUGGUGGCAGGAACAAGACUGACUGACAAACUAAAUGCACUACACAAGGAAUGGACACCACCACACACGUCAUUACAACAGGACUGGGAGAGUUUGGGACAAUUUGUUUUGGUGGUACGAAAUGUUCCUGAUUGGACAGAAAAAGAACCAGAUUUGGAUUGGGACGACUGAACUGUACAGACAAUAUAUUAUUGGAAAGUCUUAAACAAUCUGAGACCAGAUGCUGCUGUAUUCACGGUGGAAUCACAAUCUACACAGACAAUACUGGAAAAAUAGAGGAAUAGCGACAACUACAGGGAGCACAGUGACAUAUGCAGAGCUACUACAAAAUUUGCUCAUAGCAGUUCAAUUACCAAAAGAAAUAGCCAUAUGUAAAUGUGCAGUACACACAUCAAAUACAGACAAAGAAUCAUUAGGAAGAAAUGGAUUUACAGAUAAAACAGCAAAAGAAGCAGCAAAACCUUUAUGGGAUUAGCUGACCAUGUAACAAAUGAAGACAUACUUUGAGAUGAUGUGUUAAACAAAAUGCAACAACAAAGCUUACCAGCAGAACUAAAAAUGUGGAAAAAAUAAGGUUCUACAUUACAAAAUGGGAAUUAUGUCAGCACAAAAUUCUACCAAAAAAAAAAAAAAAUUAAGUGGGCGGCAAUCUUGAGACAUGGGAAGUCUCUGUCAAUCACUUGUACAAUAAUAGCCAAUCAGGUAGCCGCAUUGUCUUAACCCCUAGUUUGACUCGUCCCUCUUGUUGCCAUGUCCCACAAGCAAUGCUGGUUAUCGGUCGCGUGUGGUUGGAAAAGUUAAUGUUACGAACAAAAUGGUCCUCAGAUGCGCUUGGGGAACGUGCAAUUCUGAUGAAAGAUAUCCGGGCUAGGUUACAAGGAGCCCGGUUGAUUAAUUUUCCAAAGCCUAAAACACAGUUGAGGAAGUGUCUACGAUGGAUUAAGGCUCGCGGAAGAGCGCACGUACAACUAAGUGUGGACAACAACAAACACAAGGCUGUAUGUUCGAAGGGGGUUUCUUGAUUCCAUAUCUGGUGAUGCUGUUUAUUGUGGGUGUACCCUUUUUGUACAUGGAACUCGCCAUUGGUCAAAAGAUGCGCUUGGGAAGCAUCGGCGCCUGGUCCGCCAUUAGCCCUUAUUUGGGAGGAGUCGGUCUUGCUAGUGUUGUGGCGUCGCUGUAUCUUUGCCUCUACUACAACAUCAUCAAUGCAUGGAGUUUCUGGUACCUCUUUAAUUCAUUUCAAUCUGUGCUGCCCUGGUCAGAUUGCCCUGUUAAUUCCAACCUGACUGGACCCAUAGAUGAGUGCCGAAAGAGUUCUCCAACUGAGUACUUCUUUUUUAGAGAAACACUGAAUAUUUCUUCUUCUAUCGAAGAGACUGGAGGCAUUCAAACAAGCCAGGCUUUGUGUCUCCUGCUGGCCUGGGUGUUAAGUUACCUCUUCAUUAUCCAUGGAGUAAAGUCAUCUGGGAAGGUGGUUUACUUUACUGCAACAUUUCCCUAUGUGGUCCUCAUUAUCUACCUCAUCAGGGGUUUGACUCUUCCUGGUGCCAUCAGUGGGAUCACAUAUAUGUUCACCCCCAAGAUGGAAGAACUGGCCAAUCCCACAGCAUGGAUAAAUGCUGCUACUCAGAUUUUCUUUUCUCUGGGUUUGGGAUUUGGCUCACUUAUAGCAUUUUCCAGCUACAAUCAGUACAACAACAAUUUUGAGCACCAGGCCAUCACUGUCUCCCUUAUCAACAGUGGAACCUCAAUCUUUGCCUCCAUUGUCACAUUUUCCAUCUAUGGGUUUAAAGCAACAGUUAACUAUGAGAACUGCCUGGAGAGGACACGUGUAUUGCUGCUAAAUACCUUUAAUCUCGCAGAGAACACAAUCAACAUGGACAAUGUGUUUGACUGGGUUAAAAUACUCAAUGCAACAUACCCAGAGCAGUUUGCUGAACUUGGCAGUAAAAUGGAAGCCUGUGACUUUACAGAUGAACUAAAGACAGCAGUGGAAGGGGUUGGUCUUGCCUUCAUUGUGUACAGUGAAGCCAUUCAAAACUUGCCCCUACCUCAGUUAUGGUCAGUGCUGUACUUCUUCAUGCUCCUGCUUCUGGGAAUGGGCAGCAUGCUCGGCAACUUGACUGCCAUCACCACGCCACUACGCGAUGUUAAGAUCUUUAAGAAUAUUAGUAAUGAAGUGUUAAACGGGACAUUAUGUCUAAUCCUAAUGUUGCUCGGUCUGGGCUUUACUACCCCAUCUGGAAACUACUGGUUUACCAUGUUCAAUGAAUAUGGAGCAUCUUUCUCGCUGCUCUUUGUCGUCAUCAUUGAGAUUAUAAGUGUCAGUUACAUUUAUGGAAUUAAAAGGUUUGAAAAAGACAUAGAAGACAUGAUUGGCCACCGUCCAAAUUGGUAUUUUAGGAUCAUGUGGGGGAUAGUUGGUCCCCUACUCCUAAUGGGCCUCUUCAUCUUCUAUAUUGUGAACUAUAUUAGAGGAGGGACACCCACUUACCAAGCAUGGAACAAGGAGCUGGGAAAGUCAGAGGUGAUGGAAUAUCCUGUUUUUGCUCAAGUCUUCAUUGCAGUUCUGUUGGUGUCUCCAGUCAGCUGUGUUCCCCUCAAAACUCUGUUCGUGUUCUGCACAAAGAGGAAACAGAGUUUUAGCAAUACUGGCCAAUCAGUCAUCACCAUAUCAUCUUAGUGUGCCUACAUUUGGAUUAUAACUUGCACCUUUCAUCAUACAGGCCUACUAGAUACCAGCCAUCUCACUUCUCUCAAUGUCAUCAAAAUUUGUUAGUGUGCCACAAUAUCACAAGGGACUUUAGAUAGGUCACAGGGGGUUAGAACAAUGCUUCUUACCCAGAUGUAAGCAAGGAAAACCUUCCUCUGUGGAAGAAACAUCCAACCGAAUUGCUGGUAUAUUAAUAUUUGGUGGUGAUAUGGCAACUGACUAAAGUUCAUUCAGUUAAUCAUCUGGAAAGUUAGUGUUUUUUGGUAAAGUUGUUGUAUUGUUUUUUCUAAAAGGACCAACAUUUAGUUUUGUACUUUUAACUUUUAGGAUCCAGUAGCAAUUGCAUUCUAUUAGGUAUGAUUAUGGUGUGAACAUUAUUGCCUCGAAUAUCCUGAAAUAUGCAAUGUAAGAUGUGUAUAUACUGUUCUAUAGACCGCUGUCAUAUGUUUAAAUAAGUAUUACUUAUUAUAGUAUUACUAAUACUUCAUAUUAAGAUACAAAGUGAUGUUCAGAAAUUGUUGUAUGCAAUUCCCCAUUUGUAUUUUCUCCUAAAAAAAAAAAUAAUAAUAAUUUAAUACUACUGUAUGGAAUGCAUUAUGAGUAGUAAUGUAGCCUUUUUGUAAAUGAAUGUAUCAAAUGUUGAAUAUUUUUUUUACUAAAGACUAACAGCUGAUGGAAUUGUAGUCGUUGUGGUCAUAUGUUUAACAAAGUAAGCAAGCAGAGUAAUAUGAAGUGUUAGACAGCAGAAAGGCAAUUUGUAAGUUCUCUUAUUUCAGAAAAGAAAAACAAAAUGAUUGGUAAAGAGGUGAAGUUUUAUCCAGCAAUAUUAGCACACAGCAUUGUGUUAUCAACCAUAAUGGAUUUGAUAUAAAACAUUUAAAAAUAUCCUCUUACGUUCUGGAUUCAAAAUGCUGGACAGCUGAUUCGUUUAUUGAUGUGACUGCUAACAGAAUUUAAUGGGUGAAUUCAGAAGUGUUUUACAAUUAUAACUGGGUUCACAGUCAAAUGGUACUGACGGGAUGGUGCGGAAGGCAAAUGGAAAAUUCUUCCAGGUCAAGUCAUUGGCCUUGACCUCAUUGAGUUGUAGAACAUUUUCACUUUGUGAAGCAGCAAGACCCACAAAAAGGCAACAAGAGAGGAGGUAUUUGCACUGAAAGUUAGUCUUAAAGGAAGGAUAUGAAUUUGAUGUCCAAGGACUCCUGAAUUCUGGCGGUCUGACUGCAACGGAUUAUCAUCAAAAUAUUUUGAGAUAUUUAUUAAGUACUUCUGAUAGGAACACUUAAACUGGGACUGACAUCCCUAUAAACAUUCUAAAAUAGAUAUUGUAAUGGAAAAUACAUAUAACAGUAUUCACUUCAAUGUCUAUACGAAAAAAAAAGUGAGCGGCACAAAGUUGCGCAAUUGAGUGUCCCUCGACAUCCAAGUGGUCGCCAUAUUAGUCGCGUCCUCUGUCCUUGACGUCAUCGUCACUUCCGCCGUUGAAAACGCGCAGUGCCUGCUACUAUGGAAGCCGAAGAACAGAGCUAUUCGCAUUUUUACGACGCCCCUUCUGACACCGAAGCUCUUUUUGAAAAAGACAAACGAGUGAAGUUACGGGGGCAAUAUUGCACUAUUGUUUCGAGCCAUAUUCAGAUGAUAUCCGAUCACGGCCAAACGGCAUCCCGUCUGAUCCACUCCCGCGGCGGAGAUGAGCCAUCGCGGCUCAUCGCAGCCGGCCGGUGUGGCUUAUGACAGAGCCGAGCGGUGCAGCUUUAGGGGGGUGCUCGCAGUCGAGCCGGGGCGCUUUAUGUGCGCACGCGACUGAGUAACGCAUUCUCGGCUGGGUUAUUCAGAGCCGCCCCCGUCGCAAAGCCCGACGCGCAACCUUAGCAGAAGCUGUGACCGCCGAACGCGGCACCUCAGCCGGUGUGGCUGAGUUUCAGCGCCCGUGGUGCCAUAUAAGGAAGAGGUGGAGCCGAGCUAUGGUGCUUUUAGGUGUAUGUUCAAAGUUGCCGCAGUACGCGAUGAACACUAUCGAGACAUUGUUGGCUGGGCGACGCGCACAUCGACACAUUUCAUACGCGGAUCUUUUGUUACGUUAUGAGAGAGACUGAUUACGUUGUCCGCCCCAAACUAUUCAUUUUUUUUGUAGCUGUAUGCGCACAUCAACACAUUUCAUAUGCGGAUCUUUUGCUACGUUAUGAGAGAGACCUAUUACGUAGUCCGCCCCAAAUUAUUUUAUUUUUUUUGGAGCUGUAUACACACCUACCUGUUAUUUGGAACCCAUGAAGCUCUCGUCCUCUGCACCCGUGCAAUCCAUUUUUCACAACAAACAGGGUCUCUUUCAAACUUGUUACAGGUAAUUCCAUUCUCCCGAGUGUUCAAGCAAUGUCCAGCAUUGCAAUGACA